GGGGUCAGCGGCCCUAAGGUGUUGAUAAAGUUGUUCGCUUUUGUGAAAACUCGUCUCAGUUCAGGAUGGAUCCAGAUCGUGCUCUAACCUUGCUUCUGCUGUGGGCCGUGGUAGGCGGAGGGGGGUCCCAGGUGUCGGAGAUCCGUAACACCUACUACGGACAUGUCCCCACGGAGGGCAGGUCCGGCCGCUGUGACUGUGCCGCUAUGGCGCCCUCUCCAGACGCCUGCGCAGACGACAUCAAGUACCAGCUUAUGACGGAUCUACAGGACGAUGUGGGAAACCUGACCUGUCUUGUACAAGAAGUUGCUGACAAGACCCACAGCACUGUUGAUCUCCAGGCGGUGAUUGUUGACAUCCACAAUCUGACCGCCAAACUGGCUGUGCUGCAGGCAGACAGGGAGCUCCUGCUGACGAGCUACUUCAACAACAUCCGGAAUGACAUACUGUCCCUGGCUGGGCUACUGGCACAGUUACAUCAAGACAGCGCGGACGCCAUGUUGGUGCAGGUGUACCACCAGCAGAUGGCAGGCCUGGCCGCCAUCGUGCAGCAGCUGCAGGGGGAGCAGAGCGGUGUGGCUCAGCUGCAGCUGCAGCUGGACCAGCUGACGCAAGAUCUGCAGACAUGCAACAGGUCACUGUACGCACCUGACGUAACCGACACGUGGCAGCAGUACGAAUUCGACUAUGACGACAGCUGCACCACCUGCCACGGUGAUCGAUACGUCAAGUCCACCAGCUACACACACGGGGGCAAGCCUCUCAUUGUCGGCGCCAUCCUGUGCUCUCCCACGCGAUACAAGCUCUUCCUGAGCGACAGCCUGACGGGGACGUUCAGCAACAUCGCAGACGGAAACGGGAGUGGACAGGACCACUGCGAACUGGUGGGCGCGCCGGAUGACGCAGCAGUUAGCGUUGACGGCUUCUUUGGGAGCUGCUAUGGGCAAGGUUUUCGUCGGCAUGACCGUGGUGAAAGUUUCACGUUCGGGCCUAUCGGCGCUGGACACAGUGCGUACUUCUACGGGAAAUGGUAUGAAUGCGGUGUGACUAUUCCGUGAUCAGAAAUGAAGAAAAGUCAACACAUGGAUUCAAUUGACAUGAAAGGAAUAUUAAACACUUUCCUGUGAAAUGGGAAGUUUCUUGUUGUAAUAUUU